AUGAGCGCUCCCGGAGCCCGUCAGGACGCUUCGCUCUCGGCAGCCAGCUUCCUUGCCUCUAUCAAUGCUGAGUCGAGCACCUCCUUCGGAUCAGACGCAACUCAAUCUGCCGCAAGCUCGGCGCCGUCGCUCCCUAUCUCCGCCAAGGUUGCACUCAUCGAUGCUCAGAUCGAUUCUCUCGAGACACGCAUAGAGCAGACCAUCACGACACAUGCAGCCGAGCUUCGCACACGAGCGGCCUCCACUCGCACCGUGGACCGCAACUUCAAUCAGUUAUGGCGGUCCGUUAAUCAAGUCAGCUCCCGUCUCGUCACUGUCGGCCCGCAGAUAGCUCCCACCGCUUCCGAGUAUCACGAUGCACUCGCGCAGAGCUCGAAGCAAGGCCUUCUCAUCUCGGUCUUAUCCGAUCUGCUCGCUGCAACGCGCCUACUUGAGACACUCGAAGGGCUGCAGGGUCAGACCGACUCGCCGAACCUCAAGUCUCAGCUCCCAGACGCCGCCAAGCUCAUUCAACCGCUCAUCUCCGUUCCUGCACUUGGGGCUCUUCCAGCUGUCAUUGAGCUUCAAGCUCGCUUCGACCGCCUCGAAAAGGCAAUCUCGACGUCCGAAUCGGCUUCCCGAGACCGUGGUGCGCAGCUCACACUACGUCCGGAUCCAGUUCCGGCUCCUUCGACGGAUGAUGUCGACCAACGAAAGAGCGUGCUGACGAGCAAUGGGCCCCCCGCUCUUUCCCCUGCACUCAAAGUGCUCGAAGCCGCUCGUGCCAUUAUCGUAUCCCGCGGUGCAGAAGCAGGAUGGAAGGAAGUGCGUAUCGAACUCGACGCCCCUGCACCUCCUCCUCCUGCUAUCUCGAUACCCGCACCUCCGACUGCACCACCAGACGCAAAGCCGAGCAGACCAUCCAUGGACGCACGUCCCGAUCAUCUGCUUGGAGAUCAGCUGUACACAGAUGCGGCGUCUUUGACACGGAAUUCUUCGUCCUCCUCGACAACCAAUGCCCGGAACAAACAUAGGCCCAAAUUAGGUGCACGCGUAAUCCGCCCGCAGGACCAGCUCGGUAGCGGUCCCUUCAAUGCCGACGACACGCCUCUCGACGAAGAUGGCUGGGGUCUCGACGAUGACGACGACAAUCAACAUGUCCCUGCCUCAGCCGGAACGGCCAGCGGCCAGCAUGCCGUUCAUCAGCCACAACACGCAGACCGUUCAGUGCUUCAGCAUGUAGCUGCUCUCGACCGACAUGACCUCUCCGGCUCUCCCAGCGGUUCAAUGAUGAUGCAAAGUAGUAUGAGUUCAAGCUCUUCGCAGCACAGCACAUUCGCAGUCCAAGAGGCUACGUCUCGCGCAGCAGCCUCCGGAAGCAACGACGUGGAUGCUUGGGGUCUCGGAGACGAAGACGACAACGGCGCGGCCGAUGCCUGGGACCUGGACGACGACGAUGGACCGGCGCAGAUGCCAACGUCACCGAAGCAAACACGCACUCCUGUAGCGUUCCGAAACGAGAACGUCAAAUCAGCAGUCUCGACAUCCGCGGUACCUGCACAAGACGCAUGGAAUCUGCAGGACCAAGACAUCAAUGACGAGGAUGAUCCAUGGGAAGCUGCAGAACCUUCGAAAAGCUCCGAGACAGCGCAUGCUUUUGAGGCAGGCGCAAAGCCGCUGCUAUCGAGUGUUGACGACCGCUCUGAGGUGGGCAACCAGCUCGAAGAGAGCGAAAUCUCUCGCACUGCUCCAGAGGCGUCUGGCAGCCAUCCUCUGGUGGCAUCUCGGCCACAACAGGGCAGCAUUUCGUCAAUGUCUGCCACUGCAAUUGGGUUUCCAGACACGAACCACAAAGUCCCUCAUACUGAAUCAUCGUUCACAGCCCUACAUCCACAGUCAACGCACUUUGCGUCGCAAGCUCACCAGCAAGCCCCUUUCCAGGAGAAGAUUAGGCAGCCCAUUGAACAUGUCGAAUCGGCACGUCAAGCAGUCACGAAUCUAGAACCAGGACCUGCUGCUGUCCAGUCUGAAACCCUGACAAACCACAAGGAACAGGAAGCGGACGCGGAUGCAUGGGAUUUCGAAGAGGGCUCGAACCCAUCAGAGCCUGAUGGCGCUGAUCUCGCACCCAUCACACCACUGAAGCCGCAAACCGCAGCGGAGAAGCCGGCUGCCGCACCUGCACACGCUGUGACGGCUCAAACCGAGCCAACAGCAUAUGCGGAGGCGAGACAGAGUCCAUACGGAGAUCUCUCGGCCAAGCCGACGCCGGAGGAUGCGCAAGCGUCUGAGGCCGAAUCUGUCUCGAGGCCGUCGUCGCCCUCUGGCUGGGGGGAGGAUUUCUCGGACCCCGAAUCUACCAGCGUCCCAGCAUCAACGUCAUACAGAAAGGCUGUAGCGCAAGCUAGCACAAGACGUGGCGUGUCGUCGACCAGAUCCGUCUCUGUAGAUUCGAGAGCGGCGUCUAAUGCUGAGGCAAAGCCGCUCAAAAGUUUGCCCGCGCAUGCUCCUCCCAUCGCGGCAGCUGUCAAGGAAGAGUGCACCAUCAGCCAACGCUCACUUGAUCUCGUCAAGCUGGCCGAAAGCACGAUGAGCUCGGUGCUGUCAAAGCUGCAACACGGACGUGCUUCCGGGGAGGAUUCGGACAUGGAUGACGUGGAAGCGCUCGCUGGUAGCGUGUUCAAGAUCUUCGAGCUGCAUCGUGCACUGAUGCCAGUCGCUCACGGCGAGGUGCUUCGAGAUGUCCCGUCCUUGGCGAUGCAAUUCUUCAACGAUUGCGAGCAUCUAGCGCGGGAGUUGACGCGGCUUGUCGGCGACAAGGGUGACGAUAUCGCGACGGCAUGGAUGACGCACGAUGCCGAGGCGGCGAAGCGAUGGAAGACGAAAGAGCUGGCCAAGCUGGAGCGGGAAGCGGUGUCGACACGGAGCUUGGGUCAAAGGUGGUUCGAAGCGCAGAUGACAGCGCAGACCAAGAUCCUGCUUGACACACUGAUGGAAGCGGACGGAUUUGCCCGGACCUUCGACGAUCACCGCUACGCACGAUGCGAGAGGUGCAUCAAGCAGGUUGUGCAGAUGCUGCAGCAACUCGGCAAAGCCUGGCGACCGGUGCUCGUAGCGUCUCGUUUCCACGCUGCCAUCGGACGACUGGUCGAUUUGGUACUCCAAAAGGUGCUGCACGAUGUGCUCGACCUCGAGGAUAUCGGCGAGAGCGAGUCGGAGAAGAUCGCUUCUCUGGUCAAGACACUGGGCAGCUUGGAGGGUCUCUUUGCGGCUGACGGUGCGGACCAGCCGAGCGUGGCGCCACUCUGGGUGCCGAGCUGGUUCAAGACUUCGUAUCUGAUCGAGAUUUUGACUGGCUCAUUGGUAGACAUCGAAUUCCUGGCUUUCGAGGCAGGUGCGUUGGUCGACUACAGCCGCAGGGAGCUCACGGGUCUCAUCAGAGCCUUGUUCGCGGACACGCCGAAUCGGGCCAAGCUGUUGAGGAGGAUCGAAAGUGCACCUGUUGAAGUGCUGGCUCAGUGA